AUGUUGGAGGGAUUUAUCGUCAUUGAACCACCUCAAAGACCAUUGACACUGACAAGAAUGACUAGUCUCUCAAUCUCUGUGAUGUGUAUUUUAAAAAAGGCCAUAACUGAUGAACAUUUGAAAGAGCUGUCAUUAUGUCACUGCAACACUUUGAAAAAACUUGAUCUAAAUAAUAUCAUUGAAGGAAUUUCAUGUCAAGGAUUAAACGAAUGCCUCAAUAACCUUCAGAAGUUGAAUACUAUGAGUAUGGAAACCAAUUCCUACUCUGCAACAAAAGCAUUGAGAACACUUGUUCAAAAUGCGUGUCCAAAGAAAGAAUGGAAGUACAUCGAUCUCUCAGCAAAAGAUAUCUUUAAAACACGUAUAACCUUCCAUCGCGAUGUAGAAGAUGUUGAACCUGAAAGGAAAAAGAAGAAGUAUGAUGCUAUUCCUUUUACUCAUGAGUAA